AUUAUUGAUGAAGUUGAAACAAUUUACAAAGAAGAUCUAAAAUCUUUUGAAAAUAAAAGUGUAUUAAUUUUUUCUGAUAAUGAACUUCAAGAGAUUGAUAAUAAUAUUGCACGCAAUUUAAAUGAAGAUACAAUAACCUAUUUUACUAAAAAAUUAGCAUUAAAGGUUAUUUAUCAUACAUUAAUGCCUAUAGAAUAUCCUGAAACAAGUUCAGAGAGUGUUGCUUAUAUAUAUAAUGUUGAAGGUUGGAAAGAACCAUUAGCCAUAUUCAAAGAUAUUGAUAAUAUUAAACAAAAGUUACAAACAUUUGUUAAACAAGCAAAUGAAGAUUUAUUAGAUGUAACUCCUACUCAUAUUAUAACAGAAUUAUUAUUAACUGCAAAGCUCAAAGAAGUAGAAUUAAUAUUUGAUAAAUUAUUAGCAUUAGAUAAUAAUCUUAUGGUUCAAUAUUAUAAACAACCUUAUAUAAUCGCAUCACUUAAUCCAAAUAUAUUAAAAAUUUUACAUGAUUUGUGGUAUAUGGCACCAAAUAGUACAAACUGUGCUGAAGCAGCACAUAUUAUGA